AUAUGUGAACACGCUGCUGAAGCUGGUGACCCAGGUCUUGUCCCUGCAGGAGCAGCUAAGAGAGGCCGUCCAGAACGGAGACAUGGAGACGUCACACGGAAUCUGUCGCAUCGCUGUCGCACUGGGCGAAAACCACUCCAAGUGCGUGUGCAUGUGCAUGCACUGUCCCCUCUAAAUCAUCAAUCAAUCAAUCCUUUCACUUCCCCUCCUCACACUCUUGGUGAUGACAUUGAUGCUUCUGGGUUCAUUCUCACAAACCAAUCAACAAAUAAUCCGAUCAGAUGAUGUGUUCAGUUUCAAGCUCAGGCCCAACCUAGUAAACAAGCUGUUUGUUAGUUAUUGUGUGUUUCUGUCUCCGGAGGCCUCAUGUCUCACUGUGUAUGUCAAUGGCUCCAGUCUGAACCCUUCACCUGUCACACUCUAUCUAGAGAAACAUCCCUGCCUGUCCCACCUCACCUCACUCUCCCUGAGCACUGACCUAGUUUUCCUGGCUCUGUGUCUGUUUCUCUCUCUCUCUCUCUCUCUCUCUCGAGAGCGAGCAGGGAGUGUGAGGGCGGAGGGAGGAGGGCGGGAUGGAGGGAGGGCGGGCGGGGAGGGAGGGAGGGAGGGCGGGUGGGAGGGAGGGGGGAGGGGGGGAGGGCGGGAGGGAGGGAGGAGGGGGGAGGGAGGGAGGCGGGCUGGAGGGAGGGCGGGAGGGAGGGAGGAGGGGGGCGUCGGGAGGAGGGAGGCGAGGCGAGGGAGGGAGGGGCGGGCGGGACGGGCUGGAUCGCUCGCGAGAUAGAAGCGCCGAGGUCGGAAGAGCGCGGAGCGAGAGCUAGCUCGCGAGAGAUAGCUCGGCGAGAGAUCGAUUAUCGCGCGAUAUCUAUACUCUCUCUUCCUCUCUCUCUCUCUCUAUCUUCUCUAUCUUUCUUUCCACCCCCCCCCCCCCCCCAGGGCUCUGUUGGAGCAGGUUGAGCACUGGCAGAGCUUUCUCGCAUUGGUCAACAUUAUCAUGUUCUGCACUGGGAUACCAGGACACUACCCAGUCAACGAGACUACCAGCUCCCUCACACUCACCUUCUGGUACACACUACAGGUAUGCACCCUACACUGUAACCCAGACCCCUACACUUUAACCCAGGACACUAACGUUACACCAUAAACCCAACUACCCUGUUCAGAAUAACACCACUUAACAGUACACACUCGCUCUCUCUCCAGGAUGACAUCAUGUCGUUUGACUCCGAGAGACAGGCGGUGUAUCUGCAGGUGUAUAGACCAGUGUAUUUCCAGCUGGUGGAUGUUCUGCUACAUAAAGCCCAGUUCCCCUCUGACCAGGAGUACGCAUCAUGGUCCUCGGAUGAGAAGGAACAGUUCAGGAUCUACAGGUACAAGAGUGUGGGUGGGGUUGUGUGGGUGAGUGCAGGGCUGUGUGUGGGAGAGAGCUAAAUGCAAUAUGCUGACAGGUCUAUUGGUGGGUGUGUUUGUGAUUGUAACAGCCUGGAAGUGAAGUGGCAGCUGAGAGGGCACAAAUGUCUGAUGGAUGACAAUGUUUGUCUGAGUCACAGAUCAUCAGAUGCUCAGAAGCACAUUACUAACAGCACAUUAUAAAAUGAUGCCCUGCUGUUAGUGGUGCCAGUUAAAUGGUGCCUUCUAUUUCACUUGAUUUGAGGUGUAAACACAAGUUUUUUGCAUAUUAACUAAUUUACGAAAAUAGACAAAAGCAGCGGACCCAAAACUGAACCUUGUGGCACACCACUUUUCUACCAUAGUAUUGAUUGUUCCACCUCUAUAACAAAACCUUGCCUCCUGUUGGUGAUAUGCAUUACACUUCUAUAUUAUAAGACUUAACACUUUUGUGUGUAUUCCAGGGUGGAUAUCUCAGACACUCUGAUGUAUGUGUAUGAGAUGCUAGGAGCUGAGCUGCUCAGUAACCUUUAUGAGAAACUAGGACGAAUACUGACCAACACAGAACAAGCCUUGUCAUGGCAGGUACGGUACACACAUAAACACGCAUUGAACAUAAUAAUAAUAAUAAUAAUAUGCCAUUUAGCAGACGCUUUUAUCCAAAGCGACUUACAGUCAUGCGUGCAUACAUUUUUGUGUAUGGGUGGUCCCGGGGAUCGAACCCACUACCUUGGCGUUACAAGCGCCGUGCUCUACCAGUUGAGCUACAGAGGACCACACACACACACACACACACACACUGAACACGCUGUCUGAGGCCUUUUAUUGUCUCCUCCAGCAUACAGAAGCGUUGCUAUAUGGGUUCCAGUCGAUAGCGGAGACGAUAGAUGUCAACUACUCUGAUGUCAUCCCAGGCCUGAUCGGACUCAUCCCCAGAAUCAACAUCAACAACGUCCAACUGGCCGACACCGUCAUGUUCACUAUCGGUAGGUACUGAUACGCUCAUACAUGUUCACGAUAGGUAUUAAUACAGUCAUACCUGUGAUUUUGUUGUGUUUUGUUCAUACAGGGAAAUAACAAGGGGAAAUUUUUUAAACAAAUUGGACAGGAAAACAGGAAAAGCAUCAGUCUCCUUUGCUUCAGUCUCCUGUAGCAUAAAGUGUUAAAUAUUUUCAUCCACUGUAUUCUUCUUCUCCUCCCUCCCUGUAGGAGCUCUAGCCGAGUGGUUGGCGGACCACCCGGUGAUGUUGAGUAGUGUUCUACCUCUGGUACUCCAGGCCUUGGGGAACCCAGACCUCUCCAUCUCCUCUGUCUCCACACUCAAGAAGAUCUGCCGAGAGUGCAAAUACGACCUGCCACCCUAUGCCUCCAAUAUAGUGGCUGUAUCACGUGUACGUACGCGUGUGUGUGUGUGUACCAUAUAUCAUGUUUUUACAUUUAAGUCAAUAUAAUAUUAUUCUACUUAUGCUUCUGCUAUCCUCUCUUCUUCACAGGAGGUGCUGAUCAAGCAGAUUCACAAGGUCAGUCCCCGUCCUGUCUGGAAAUAAUGCAAGCCAUAACCCCAAUGUCCCAACUCACUGGACCCACUCUACUGUAUACAACAUCCUGGAUAAUAAUUUAUAGUUUAAGUCAGGGACAGAGUCAAACUUUUAAAAACGUUAUUGCCUGUGCAUUUGGUACAUGCAAACAAUGAGCAUAUUCAAUACAAGCACAGGGAGUACAUCCGACCAUAGAAUCAGUCAGCCCAUUCAGUCAUGACAACAAGGUUAGAGCUGGUGACAAGACUGAUUAUUGGUAGCUAGCAAAGACCACUUACACAAGGAGUCAGUCUUUCAAAAGUCCUGGAAAUGUGUAACAAUGUUCUCUCCUCUUCCUCUCGCUUUUCUUCCUGCUCCCCUCCCUCUCGCUUUUCUUCCUGCUCCCCUCCCUCUCGCUUUUCUUCCUGCUCCCCUCCCUCUCGCUUUUCUUCCUGCUCCCCUCCCUCUCGCUUUUCUUCCUGCUCCCCUCCCUCUCUCUUCCUCCCUCCCUCUUCCCUUCCUCCCUCCCUCCCUCUUCCCUUCCUCUCCAUCUCCAGACCAGUCAGUGUAUGUGGCUGAUGCAGGCCUUGGGCUUCCUGCUGUCUGCUCUGCCUGUGGAGGAGAUACUGAGGAACCUGCACUCUCUCAUCACUCCCUACAUCCAACAACUUGAGAAACUAGCUGAUGAGACGGUACACAGACACACAUAGACACACACUAUGGUAACAGUGUUAUAGUGACAUAUUUUCCUCUCUCUGUUGGACUGCGGCCAUAUGAACAGACUGUGUGUCUGCAUGGAUGCACCACACACUAACACACACACUAGCGCGUACACACACACACACACUCUCUCUCUCUCUCUCUCUCUCGCUCGCUUUCUUUCUUCCCCCUCUCCCUGUUGGACUGUGUCCAUAUGAACAGGUGUUGUAUCUGUGUGGCUCCACUGCAGUUGAACAUUUCUCUGUGGGACCAGAUUGGCUUCAUUACUACACAAUGGGAUACUGAAUCACAGGGCCAUAACACACACACCAGAUUCUUUCUUCAUUAAAUGUCAGGUCUAAUGAAUCCGGGCCUUAUAGGAGCUAAAAAUAGGGACGUGACAUUAUCAGUGUUGAAUUAGUCUUUCUCCCCCGAUCUACUGUUCUAGGGUCUGCAGAGACCUGAGUGUCUGGGUGAACAGAGAUGGCAGUUCAAAUGAAGAGUUUCAUCUCUUUCUCUCUCUCACUCUCUCUACCUCUCGCUCGCUCUCUCUCUCUCUCUCUGUCUGUCUGACGUAUAGCCAUGACAUCAUACUAUGGAAUCAGGUUGUCUGUGCAGCCUAACAAACACUGGCACCCUAAGGCAAGAGGUGAAACUGCACCUCCACUAUAUAAUUAGCUACAAGCGUUGUCUGUUUUUAUGCAUUUAGGGUGGUAUUCUGACUUAAAUACUGUGCGCUCUGAAUGAUUAAGGCAUAUAUCCAAGUUGAACAUACCUAUCUCAAAUUUGUUUGUGUGUUCAGUAGCGGCGUCACAGUUUGCUCGUUAAGAGAAGGGUAGUCAGCCCAGCCACAUGACUCCUCCCCUGUACUCCACAGCUCAGUUGUCAUGGAUACCGAGCAGUGAUUAAAUGGUUGCUAACGAAGCUUUAAUUAGUGUUGUCACCCUGGAGAGAGCCUGUGUGUGUGUGUGAGUGAGUGAAAUCUGCAGAUAAAUGAAGCCAUCAACUGACUGACGCACCCAAACUUCUGUCUUUCACUGAUCUGUCUUUCACUUCUUCAUCCCUCUCUUUCACUGGCUUUCUUUUUGCUUCACUCGUUAACUCAUUCACAAAAAACAAACAGAUAGAAAAUUAGUGAUGGCAAAUCUUGUUUCAGUCUGGCUUCCUAAAGCUAUUGACUUACUCUCGCUCCCUCUUUCCCUCCCUCCAUCCCUCUCUCCAGCCCAACCCGUCCAAUAAACUAGCGAUAAUCCACAUCCUAGGUCUGUUGUCCAAUCUCUUCACUACGCUGGACAUUAGCAAACAGGAGGACGAAUCAGGAGAGAGCACUGCUCCCCCUGUCAAACCUGCCCCGCCCCCACCAGGGCCUAACCCGGUGAGAUGCACCUUCAUCUUCGUCAUCAUCAUUAUUAUCAUCAGCAGCACUCAGCCAGCCACACACAAGCUCUUUUAAAGGGAAAGUUCAUCCAGUUUUCCUCAUUUGUUACUCAUUUAGCUAGUGCUGUCAAACUAACCUGUGUGUGUUCUAGGUGGUGGUGGUCCUACAGCAGGUCUUUGCUCUCAUUCAGACGGUCCUCAGCAAGUGGCUCAAUGACUCUCAGGUGGUGGAGGUGAGACACAAACACACACAAAAAAAAGUGACGCGUUGACUCAACAGUUUUAAUAAAUGAUCUGCACAUUCAUGAAGCAUUAAAAAAUCCAACCUGAACCAGCUGAAAAUAAACACUCAUUUCACUAUCCCCCCCCCCCCCCCCUUCUCCCUGCCCUCCCCUCUCUCUCCCGCCUUCCUCCCAGGCGGUGUGUGCUAUCUUUGAGAAGUCGGUGAAGACUCUGCUCCAUGACUUUGCCCCCAUGGUGUCUCAGCUCAGUGAGAUGCUAGGACAGAUGUACAGUACCAUACCACAGGCCUCAGCACUGGACCUCACACGACAGGUACACACACACACGCUUGAGCACACUCGCAUACACAAUACACACUCACAUGCAUACGUUCAGAGGCACACACACACUCUUUCACACCAACACCUUGACCGGUGUGAAACAGUCUGUGGUUUUGUUUGACAGAUGGUCCAUAUAUUUGCCAGUGAGACGGACCACUUCCCACCCAUCAAGGCUCUAUUUGAGCUGGUUACCUCAGUAACACUCUCCAUCUUCCAGCAAGGUAGGGGGUCCUGCAGGGGAGAGGGAGGGGGGUGAUCUGUCUGUUCUUGUUUUGGGUGAUUUUGAUUGACAGGCAAACUUACACACACUCCUGCUUUCACCUGAGAACAGGAGAACAAGGAACGUGGAGAAUGAACAUGGCUUCCAUAGCACAAGGGGAAACUAUAAUGGCUGCAUCUCAAUAGUCUAAAGUCCUCGUCUCCUCUCCUUGGAGCUGGACAGUUGAAAGCACCUAUUGCACCAUAUUGCUUUCACCUGCCCUGUGUUUUUAGAUGAGUGCAGAUGAAGGGGAGGAGAUAAGGAGAGGAAGCCACUUUAGACUGUUGAGAUGCAUCCUCUGUCCUCCUGUGCUGCUAUGGAGAAUUACACAAGAAAAAGCAUUAGAAGGAAGUUUUGUUUUUCAAGCUGAUAAUAUCUAGUGGGUCUUACCUGAAUAGUGUCUGCCUCUCUCUUUUCCCCUUUCCCCCUUCUUCUGCUUUGACUGGGUUUGAUUGAUAUUGGCUGCCUCUCCUCUGCUCUCUUUAAAAAAAAAACUAUUUCUUUCUGAGCAGGUGUUCUUCAAUGUUGCUCUGUGGCCAGUACCUUAUACAUUAUGGUGCAACGUUACAAAACAUUACAGAAUGUUGUUGCAGAACAACGUUCAUAUAGAAAUGUAUUGUGUAGAACAGACAUCCUCUUUUACAGAACAGGGGAUUGUGUGGGCUCUAUUCAUUGCAUUUCUAUCUGGGUUGCGUCCCACUGAAUAAGUUUGUUAGGUGGGGAGUUGGGGGAUGGGGUCUUGUUUGGAGUCUAGAAACAGCGAAGGGAAGGGUGGCCUCCUAAGUGUUCACAUUUUUGGUGGGCGGGUAAGGGUCAGGGGUGCUAUUGACCCAAAUCAACCCCUACCCACUACGCACAUGGAUGGUGUAAGCCACACAAUGUUUUAUUCUUGCAUAUCGUAUUACACGGUGGAGCUAUUAGCAAGCCCCUAGGGUGUAGGGUCUAGGGGAGAUGGCUGGGGCUAGGGGUUGAUUUGGGUCAAUAGCACCCCUGACCCUUACUCGCCCUGCAAAAAGGUGAACACGUAGGAGGCCACCCUUCCCUUCGCUGUUCCUAGACUCCAAACUAGACCCCAUCUCCCAACUCCCCAUACACGCCUAGAGGGGAGGGGCGAGGGGUUGAUUUGGGACUUGACGCCCCCCUUCUCUGAAGCGUGACAGUAACAGAGGCCUCCUGGGUUUCCUACUCCAAAACCACUUUUGUUAUUUUUAGGUAUUUUAUUUUUCUCUCGUUACUACUACUUUCUUUUUAUCUCCAAAUGGAACCCAUGUCUUCUCUUUCUCUGCCUGUUUUCUGUUUGUUCAAACGCUCACUGUUUUUCCAAGACUCUUCCAAAGCUUCACACGCCCCUCCUCCCUCUCUCUUCCCCUUUGUUCGUUCUUUACUCACGUGUGACAAUUAUUUCAAUGAGAUCUUUUCUGUUCUCUUUUCUUUCCACAUGACUGUUGAAUCGGUUGAGUUGCUGUUUGUAUAUUAUUAUUCUUCUCUUUAUUCUUUAUGAUUUGUUAAGUUUCAUCUUUAUUAUAUUUUAGGACCCAGGGAUCAUCCUGAUAUUGUUGAUUCAUUUAUGCAACUCCAAGCUCAGGUGUGUUUUUGGUUUCUUAUUUCAUUCACUUUGGGUUUCUCUCUCGUUCUCUCUCUCUCUCUUUCUUUCUCUCUCACACACUCUCUCUAGUUCUCUCUUUCCCUUUCUCUUUCUGUUCUUUGUUUAAGGGUCAGAGGGCGACCCAUCAUAAUGGCAUGGCAGAGAAUAGACAGUAGGUGGUGCUAUUGAAGGACGGAGUCUGUCUCCUUCAAUACUCAGGGCUCUAACCAGUAGCUACACCUUUGUCUGAUGAGGGAGUAAGGGUCAGAGUUCAUCAAGGUCUUGUCCAGUAGGCAUAAAACAGGACAGAAUGUUUUGAAACAAGGAGGGACUACCUGAACGUGUCCCAUAAGAAACAUGUUCAUGUUCGGUUGUCUUCUUAACAUGACCCUGGGAUGUAGUUCCCUGUGACCUCACUGGUUAGAAUCCCCUAGCCACACCCCUUUUCUGAUGUCAUUCCAGCCCAGAGCCAAUCAAAGCCCAAAUGAAUUAAUAUUCCAUUAAUUAAUUAAUUCAGUCGAAUUGGCUGCCCUCUGUUUUUUUUUGUUUUUGUCUUCUACAUUCUUCUUCCUUUAAUUUCUCUCUUUGGAUAGAGCUGAUCUCCAUCUCUCCUCUCCACUUCCCUUGUUCCCUCUCUCUUCCUCCAUCCUGAAUGAGUUCAUUACAGUAUCAGUUGUAUUUAUCCGUACAUGUACCUUACUUACUUAUGUUGCAUAUUCAAUCCAACCUAGCCAAAAAAAGGGAGAAAAAAAUAGUGUAUCGGAAUGAAAUUAAUACAGACAAAAGCUGCAGAACCAUCAUUGCCUUUAGUUUGACCUAAGUUUUAAAUACUUUGUUUGAUUUUCUCCAGUUUGCUUGCUGAGUUUGCAUUGGAGCAGAGUUGUGUACUGUAUAAGUGGUAGUUUGUCAUAGAGAGAGGGAGAGUGGAUUAGUCUAGCCUGGUAGCCUCCACUGUUGAUCUGCUGGAGAUGACUGCUUUAGCCCAAUUCUCAUUCACUCCCCCUCAAGGAUUUAAAAGCAUUGGGAUUGGUGUAAGAAACACUUUGUCUAUACCAAUCCAAUGCUGUUAAAUCCCAAAGGGGGAGUGAACGAGAUCACACCUCAGGGAGAAGGGGGACAAUCAGAAUUUGGCUUUGUUGUCAUAUCUAAGGCCAGAAGUUUUUCCUGACCUUGUGGGCAAACAGUUGGACAUGACAAUGACAAAGGAGUUGUCUAAUGCAGACACAGUUCUGUCUAUGAGGCUAGGAGAGUGGGGUGUUCAGUAUUUUCCGGGGUGGGAGGUAGGGGUUGGGCUGUACCCCUGGAGUAGGGGAAUAGACUCCUGCCCUGUGUCAUGUCUCUGUCUGCCUCCUACUGUAGGCCCUCAAACGGAAGCCAGAUCUCUUCUUGUCUGAGAGUCUUGACGUGAAAGCUGUGUUCCAUUGUGGUAAGUGUGUGUUGCUUUGCUCCUGCACACACACACACUGUUCAUUGUACAGUGGGGGAAAAAAGUAUUUAGUCAGCCACCAAUUGUGCAAGUUCUCCCACUUAAAAAGAUGAGAGAGGCCUGUAAUUUUCAUCAUAGGUACACGUCAACUAUGACAGACAAAAUGAGCGAAGAAAUCCCAGAAAAUCACAUUGUAGGAUUUUUAAUGAAUUUAUUUGCAAAUUAUGGUGGAAAAUAAGUAUUUGGUCAAUAACAAAAGUUUCUCAAUACUUUGUUAUAUACCCUUUGUUGGCAAUGACACAGGUCAAACGUUUUCUGUAUGUCUUCACAAGGUUUUCACACACUGUUGCUGGUAUUUUGGCCCAUUCCUCCAUGCAGAUCUCCUCUAGAGCAGUGAUGUUUUGGGGCUGUCGCUGGGCAACACAGGCUUUCAACUCCCUCCAAAGAUUUUCUAUGGGGUUGAGAUCUGGAGACUGGCUAGGCCACUCCAGGACCUUGAAAUGCUUCUUACGAAGCCACUCCUUCGUUGCCCGGGCGGUGUGUUUGGGAUCAUUGUCAUGCUGAAAGACCCAGCCACGUUUCAUCUUCAAUGCCCUUGCUGAUGGAAGGAGGUUUUCACUCAAAAUCUCACGAUACAUGGCCCCAUUCAUUCUUUCCUUUACACGGAUCAGUCGUCCUGGUCCCUUUGCAGAAAAACAGCCCCAAAGCAUGAUGUUUCCACCCCCAUGCUUCACAGUAGGUAUGGUGUUCUUUGGAUGCAACUCAGCAUUCUUUGUCCUCCAAACACAACAAGUUGAGUUUUUACCAAAAAGUUAUAUUUUGGUUUCGUCUGACCAUAUGAAAUUCUCCCAAUCCUCUUCUGGAUCAUCCAAAUGCACUCUAGCAAACUUCAGACGGGCCUGGACAUGUACUGGCUUAAGCAGGGGGACACGUCUUGCACUGCAGGAUUUGAGUCCCUGGCGGCGUAGUGUGUUACUGAUGGUAGGCUUUGUUACUUUGGUCCCAGCUCUCUGCAGGUCAUUCACUAGGUCCCCCCUGUGUGGUUCUGGGAUUUUUGCUCACCGUUCAUAUGAUCAUUUUGACCCCACGGGGUGAGAUCUUGCGUGAAGCCCCAGAUCGAGGGAGAUUAUCAGUGGUCUUGUAUGUCUUCCAUUUCCUAAUAAUUGCUCCCACAGUUGAUUUCUUCAAACCAAGCUGCUUACCUAUUGCAGAUUCAGUCUUCCCAGCCUGGUGCAGGUCUACAAUUUUGUUUCUGGUGUCCUUUGACAGCUCUUUGGUCUUGGCCAUAGUGGAGUUUGGAGUGUGACUGUUUGAGGUUGUGGACAGGUGUCUUUUAUACUGAUAACAAGUUCAAACAGGUGCCAUUAAUACAGGUAACGAGUGGAGGACAGAGGAGCCUCUUGAAGAAGUUACAGGUCUGUGAGAGCCAGAAAUCUUGCUUGUUUGUAGGUGACCAAAUACUUAUUUUCCACCAUAAUUUGCAAAUAAAUUCAUUAAAAAUCCUACAAUGUGAUUUUCUGGAAAAAAAUUCUCAAUUUGUCUGUCAUAGUUGACGUGUUCCUAUAAUGAAAAUUACAGGCCUCUCUGAUCUUUUUAAGUGGGAGAACUUGCACAAUUGGUGGCUGACUAAAUACUUUUUUCCCCCACUGUAUGUGUUGCUGCAUUUCUCUUAACACACACACACACUUUGUCAAUCGUCGUGCCUCAGAGAUCCACAGAGAUUGUGCUGGAAACAUCUGAAGAGCAAAACUGUUAGUGUUUAAAUAGAAUUUAGUAUUUGGAUGUUUCUAAUACCCUCCCCUCCUCUCCCUCUCCUCUGUAGGAGUAAUGUCACUGAAAUUCCCUGAGGCUCCAACAGUCAAGUCUACCUGCUUGUUCUUUGUGAGUGUACACACUAGGGAUGUGAAAAAUGUAAAAAAAUGUCUUAACGUUUAAACUGCCAUUUUCAUAUAGCGUUUAAAUUUUGGCAAUUUUUUUCAUAAAAUGACCUGAAAUUACAAUCCAGAUAUGGUUCUGCGUAUGACCACUAGGGAGCAAUGCAGUUCAGUCUACCACAGUCCUGGCUACCUACCUACCGGUCGUCACUAGUUACCACAGUCCUGGCUACCUACCUACCGGUCGUCACUAGUUACCACAGUCCUGGCUACCUACCUACCGGUCGUCACUAGUUACCACAGCCACAAAGUCCUAAAGUCUGCCUAUUUCUACAAUGUAUCUUCUUAAAAUGUCAUUUUUAAACCUAACCUAAACCCUAACCACACUGCUAACCUUAAAUUAAGACCAAAAAUAUCAUUUUUGUUUUCAUACAUUUUUACGAUAUAGCCAAUUUUGACUUUGUGGCUGUGGUAACUAGUGGAAACCCUACCAGACUGCGCUCACCUUACUGCUGUCCCCCAUAGUGGAAACCCUACCAGACUGCGCUCACCUUACUGCUGUCCCCCACCCACUCAGCAACGACGGUAUUAAUGCCGUUUUAGGUUCUCUGUGUGCCUCUCCUCCAUGUCCUCAGUUGUCAGUACAUGGGACUUCAUGUCCCACUUUUCAUUCAUGUGAUGGCUCGUUGCAGUGAUUUAUGACGGCGGAUUCAUAGACGUCCAUCAGGUCCGUCACAGUUUAUCGACAUGGCAUCUUGUAGUCUGGUUCUAGAUAUGCCGUUAGGGUAUUAAAGACGACAUCCUCUACCAUUGACAAUGGCUGCAUAUCAACUGCAAUCAUUUCUAUAAUCAGCUCUGUGAUUUUCUCACUCAGUCCCUUAUCGCACUGCUGCCCAGCAAUGGGUUGGGUCUCACGGUGCCUCCUUUCAGCAUUGUAAUGCCACUGUAGCUCAAUUCCACCUCGCAAAGUUUGUAUUUCAUUAGCUUCUCAUUUAACUUGUCAAAGUAUUGCCAUACAGGACUUCGCUGCUAUCGCUUCCCUGUCUCACUUUGCAAUUUUUCCAACGAUGACGUGUGACGCGCUUUAUAUCCGUGGCAAAUAUACAGAACAAAAAUAUAAACGUAACAUGCAACAAUUUCAACGAUUUUACUGAGUUACAGUUCAUAUAAGGAAAUCAGUCAAUUGAAAUUGAUCAAUUGAAGAUGAUCCUGCAAGUGAAGAAGCCAGAUGUGGAGAUCCUGAGUUGGCGUGGUUACACGUGGUCUGCGGUUGUGAGGCCGAUUGGAUGUACUUCCAAAUUCUCUAAAACGACGUUGGAGGCGGCUUAUGGUAGAGAAAUUAACAUUCAAUUAUCUGGCAACAGCUCUGGUGGACAUUCCUGCAGUCAGCGUAUCAAUUGCACGCUCCCUCAAAACUUGAGACAUCUGUGGCAUGGUGUUGUGACAAAACUGCACAUUUUAAAGUGGCCUUUUAUUGUCCCCAGCACAAGGUGCACCUGUGUAAUGAUAAUGCUGUUUAAUCAGUUUAUUGAUAUGCCACACCUGUCAGGUGGAUGGAUUAUCUUGGCAAAGGAGAAAUGCUCACUUACGGUGAUGUAAACAAAUUUGUGCACAAAAUUGGAGAGAAAUAAGCUUUUUGUGCAUAUGGAAAGCUCAUGAAGCAUGGGACCAACACUUUACAUGUUGCGUUUAUUUUUGUCCAGUAUAAUUUAAAAGAUGCAUAUUUCCUCCUACUUACAGCAUUAUUGCGUUAGGUAUUUGUUACAUUUUAAUUUUUGCCUUUAUGAUGAUGAUCGGACCUGUUAAUGGUAGUUUUGUGAUAACUGCACUGUGAUUUUAAUUUUUUCAAAAAUAAAAAACAAUUGGUUAUGGACUUUUUGUAAAUGUUAACGAUCCCAAAUUCGUUUAAACGUCACAUCCCUAGUACACACACACCCAUUGUUGGUUAACAGAUGUGAAUCUUGUUGUUGAGAUGUGAUAUUAGUGUUUGUUCUGAUUGUCCCUGUGUGUGUGCGCCGUAGACUGAGUUGUUGCCCCGCUGCUCAGAUGUGCCCCCAGUGGCCAGAGUGGUGCAGGAGAACGGAAAACUACUGCUGCAGGCCGUACUAGAGGUAAACCUACAUACUCACAUCCUCGCUAAUGUCUCUUACCUGUCCUACUGUAAACUGAAACAUAUCACCUUACUGACUGGUCUUUGCCCCCCCUUUCCUUUCUUUCUCUAUCUCUCCAGGCAAUCGGUGGAGGUUCAUCUCGUAGUCUGAUGGAACAGUUUGCUGAGGUGCUGUUCAGUCUCAAUAAG